AUGGAUCACGGUGGAGGACAUCAUGAUAUGCCAAUGGAUGAUGAUAUGUGUUCGAUGAAUAUGAUAUUCAACUGGCAAAUCAAGGAUGUUUGCGUUGUUUUUGAGUGGUGGCACAUUCGAGGCAUCCCAAGUCUACUGAUCUCAUGUUUGGCUGUAUUUGCUAUUGCUGCUUGCUUUGAAUACGUACGAGCCAGGUCCAGUGCAUUGGAACAAACGUGGCUUAAUGUCAACGCCAAGAAGCGUCAAGAUGAUGAAGAACUUACCACCAACACUGCCAAUGAAAACACUACGUUGUUGCAACAAUCAUCAGGGUGUGGAAAACCAAGAUUAAGCCGUCAUCAACACAUGGCGCUGUCAGUGAUUUACGCAUUUCUCGUGGCAGUCAGCUUUUGGCUCAUGCUCGUGUUUAUGACCUACAACGGCUUUCUCAUGAUAGCAGUGGUUCUUGGUGCAGGCGUUGGUCAUUACUUUUUUGGAAACGGAUACCUCACAGCUAAUCGGUCCAUUCAGUGCCAUUAG